AUGUCAUCAAUCAAUCCUGCAAACCCACCACGCCCUGCUUUGAUUGCGACAGAUAAAACGGGUUUUGCCUAUACGACAACACGUAUUCGAUGGCCGGUAAUAGUUACAAAAAUAAUCGAUGCUUUGUUUCAAGUCUGUCAUGCUUUAGAUGAUGACGAGAAACGGACAGAGGGGAAGGCCAUUAUAUCAUCUAUUGGCGCUUUAAAGUAUGGAAUGGAAAGAGACAAGCCCCUUACCCCAAUAGCCGACGACUCGAAUCCAGAUAUUGCCACAUGGAACAAUAUCUACAACACCUAUUUCUCGAGCUCUACCUGGUAUACUGCACCGUGGCUCUUUACCGAAUGCUAUCUCUACCGACGCAUUUAUACCUACUUUGCUCGCUCGACCUACUGGAAUACAUAUGAUCCUUUCUGUCAACAAAAAGAAGCUGCAUUCAAAGCUUCUCAAGUUGCGAUGCUUGCUCUUGCCGAGAGAAUCGACGAACUAAUUUCUUCAGAGGGAUUGCGUCUGGAUCACCGAAUAGUCUUUCAUGAAUUAGUCCAGAUAUCUCUCUGGGGAAAUGCGAGUGAUUUGAGCUUGCUCUCUACUUUAGAUCCGCGUGAAUUGGGUAAAUUGCAGAGUACUGGAGCAGAGGAAUUGGAAAAAAUCGAGAAGAAUAUUUUACGGAAUGAUAUAGAUUUGUUUUGGCACAGAAUUAAAGAUUCGAAAGGAUCAAGAAUAGAUUUCGUGUUGGAUAAUGCCGGCUUUGAACUUUACGCUGACUUGAUAUUUGCCGACUGGCUUAUCCAAUCAGGCUAUGCAUCUUCAGUUCACUUUCACGCAAAGCCGAUUCCUUGGUUCGUUUCUGACACCACACCCACAGACUUUUAUAAUCUUCUUUCUGCUCUUACAUCGAACCUUCUCAACCAGCCUUCUCAGUCUCUUAUCACUAAAUUAGCCCAACGCUGGCAAGGAUAUGUAGACUCUAACAUAUGGAUAGUAAAAGCGGACUAUUUCUGGGUUUCGCCAUAUGCAUAUUGGCAUUUACCAGAACAGAAAGAGUUGUUUGAUGACAUUAAGCAGGCAGCUAGUGUAGUGUUUAAAGGUGAUUUAAAUUUUAGAAAGUUGGUUUAUGAUUGCAAGUGGGAUUUCACUACACCAUUCGAGGAAGCAAUAGGGCCGAUGGCAACCGAAGAAGGUGUGCCAUCUGUUGUAACAUUGAGGACUUCUAAGGCAGAUGUCAUUGUCGGGCUACCAAAAGGGACAGCAGAGAGGCUAUACGCUGUUGAGGAUGAUUGGCUAUAUUCUGGCAAGUAUGCUAUCGUUGAAUUUUCAAGAGGGACCAAGUGA